CACUAAGUGUCUGGGGGAACAGAGAGGAAGACCCACCAUCAAAGACUGGAAAAGGAUGAGACAAGAAUUGGAUCCCUUUGGAAGAUUUUCCAUUCAGAUGAACUGAGACGGACGAUCACAUUAGAAGGGAAAGAUAAGACACAUGUUGAGAGAUGUCCAAGGCAAGAAUGGGACUUUAAUGAGUCGCUGGCAAGGACUCCUUGUGAUCCUUUUAAAGUGUCCAUGCUGGAUGAUAUGUAUGGACAUUGCAAGCGUCUAUUGAGAGUUUCCGAUGGUAAAGAAAGGCCGUCCGCUCGAGAAGACUUGUUUCUGGAAUCCGACCUGGUACUACUAGAUAGCCAUGGACCAAGGCGCUAAGGGUGCUGAGGAGAAAAUGGUGAGCAAGGCCCUGGUGGAAUUCAACGCCACCUUGCAGGCGGCCGUGAGGGAGGUCCACAUGGACGUGAGCGCGUUCAAGCAGCGGAUUGAGCAGCGGAUCGGGGAGAUGAGCGCCUCCAGCGCGCCCCUGGCCGAGGCGGUGGGCAGGCUGCAGGAGGAGAACCUGCAGCUCCGCGCCAAACUGGAGGCCCUCAGCCUUCUGAUAGAGUCUCUCGCUGGUGUGCAAAUCGACAGGAGCUCCCCUUCCGUGUCCAAGGAGAAGAGUAAGGAACGGGGUGUGGAAAACGGGCUUGCAGAGAUACAGUCCAAGACCCAGGAAGACCACAGGGUCCAGGUGGGUCUGGCUGCAUCUGGAUCAGGCCAUGCUCUAACCCUACCACCAUGGAGACCAAAGGAAAUUAAUGGAAUGGAGGCCAAGGCAGAGAAGCACAUUGCCUCAGUGGAACAACAGAACAGGAAGCAAGAAAGUGGAGUCGAGUCCCACCUGUUACGCACAUCCAUCACCAAAGCCAGCAUGAUGUCAAACGCAGAUGAACCCCAACCACAUCUUCCUAUCAGUGCCACGACCUCCAAAGCAAAUCCAGAAGUCGCAGCCAAACCUGCUCAGUCAGCGCCUAAAGUACACGAUCCAUCCGGAGAAUGUCAUCCUAAAAAAGCUGUGAGCAGAAGCAACCCAGAAACAUCUCCUGUGCCUAAAUCUGUCGAGACCUCAUCUUUACAGGAAUCCCAGAACAUAAAACCAGGAGAAUAUCCAUUUCGGCGCGAUGUCGGCGAGGCCAAGUCCCAAUUGUGUCUCUCGACCUCGGUCAAAACCACUGCUGAGUCGCCACCAACUGCUACUCCAGCAUCCCAAGAACCGACAGUUAAACCUGGGGAAUACCCCUUUAAGAGAGCGCCAGUUCUGAAGACACAGAGUCCGAGUCUGAAGAGAAGUGUGAGCUUUCCUCAACCAGCAGAAAAGUUACUUCCCUCCAAAUCAAUCAUAAAACCAGGUUUUUCACCUAGUUUCGAAAAAAAAGCCACCUCCCCUGCAGUGGAGUUUAAACAAGACCUGACCAAGUCUAGCACACUUCCCCGCGCUGGUGGAGCUCAGGCCAAACGUGCCCUCUUCGAGCGGAUGAACUCCGAGCCGAUAAAGCCCAAGGAUUCCAAGCCCAAACUGAAGCGCUCCCAGAGCUUUGGUGUUUCCAGCGCCAGUGGUAUAAAACAAAUCCUGCUGGAGUGGUGCCGCUCAAAAACCAUCGGCUACCAGAACAUCGACAUCCAGAACUUCUCCUCGAGUUGGAGUGACGGCAUGGCCUUCUGCGCCCUGAUCCAUUCCUUCUUCCCGCUGGAGUUCGACUACAACACGCUGAACCCCGCUAACCGCAAGCAAAACCUGCAGCAGGCCUUCACUACAGCCGAAACCCAGGCCGACUGUCUCCGUCUGAUCGAGGUGGACGACAUGUUGGAGAUGGGCGACAAACCGGACCCCAUGUGUGUGUUCACCUACGUCCAGUCCCUCUACAACCACCUUAAGACGUUCGAGUAACUAACUCUGAAUCACCGAAAACUGCAAAGACACACAUUGUCGUGUAACCACACUUUCAAGAAGACGAACUGUGGCGUGAGCGUUUCGUGUUAUGCGUGUUUCUGAUGCUGUUGCUGUGUUUACAAAAGGGAUCUUUGGAAGCAGAGCCCCACUAUUUAAAAAUACAAUUGUCACAACUGCUAGUGUGGAUGUGCCAAUACAACAUGGAUGUGCUCCAGAAUAGCAUGAGAUGCAUUUUGCAAUGUGUCAAA